AUGAGUAUAGAUGUCAUGCAACUUUCAGACCUCGAGCUCGAGCCAAGGGGUAGACUUGCCCCGGUUGAGGAAUUGGAAGUGGUCGAGCUCGAGCAUGGAAAAACUAUAACUAUUGGUCGGGAUCUCAAGGCCAGCCUCCGAGAAGAAGUCAUCAAUUGUCUGUUCCGCAACAUCGAUGUUUUUGCAUGGAAGGUUGAGGACAUGCCAGGGAUAGGCCCUGAAGUGGCGGUCCAUAGACUCAAUAUAAGCCCAGGGGCCAAACCUGUUAAGCAAAGGAAAAGGCAGUUUGCGCCAGAAAGACGUGUGGUCAUUCAGGAAGAGGUCGGCAAACUGGUGAGAGUAAGGGAAGUCCAAUACCCCGAUUGGCUCGCUAAUGUUGUUCUUGUGAAGAAGGCCAGUGGUAAGUGGAAAGUCUGCAUCGACUUUACAGAUCUCAAUAAGGCUUGCCCUAAAGACAGUUACCCGCUCCCCAGGAUAGACAAUCUUGUGGAUAGCACAUCCGGACAUAAGUUGUACAUCUUCUUAGAUGCAUUCUUAGGGUAUCAUCAAAUCCUCAUAGCCGAGGAAGACCAAGAAAAGACUUCAUUCAUGGCUGAUUUAGCCAUAUACUGCUAUAGGGUGAUGCUGUUUGGGUUGAAAAAUGCCGGAGCAAUAUAUCAGAGGCUCAUCAGCAAAGUCUUUGCUGAUUUGAUAGGGAAGAACAUUGAGGCCUAUGUUGAUGACAUGGUGGUGAAAAGCAAGAAGGUAGAACGACACAUAUCCGACCUCGAGGAGGUGUUCACCACCCUACAAAUAUAUCGGAUGAAGCUCAACCCAGAGAAGUGUGUAUUCGGUGUAGCUUCGGGAAAAUUUUUGGGCUUCAUGAUCACUCACGGGGGGAUAGAAGCAAACCCCGAUAAGAUCUUGGCCUUGACAACAAUGGAAUCGCCCAGGACUAAGAAAGAGUGUGAAAAGGCUUUUCAGGAGCUCAAACAAACAUUGGCAUCUCCUCCUAUCCUCACUAAACCGGAGCCCGGGGAUACUUUGUUAUUGUACUUAGCUGUGUCUCAAAACGCAGUAAGCGGCGUCUUGGUGAAAGAGCCAGACAUCUCGGGUAGGUUACUGAAGUGGGCAAUUGAACUUGGAGAGUUUGACAUAGAGUUCAAACCCCAUCCAUCCAUCAAAGUCCAAGCCUUAGCGGAUUUCAUUGCAGAACUCACCCCAAGGCCUUGGGGACCGGAUGAUAGCUCGAGCACUACAACAGAUGUUUGGCAAAUUUUCGUGGAUAGAGCAUCAAACUCCUCGGACUCGGGUGUCGGGGUCAUCAUCACGAGCCCGAACAUGCUCAUGGACAUUCAGUGUGCAUUUAGGUUCGAAUUCGAGGUAACCAAUAAUAAAGCAGAGUAUGAGGAUGUUAUCAUAGCCUUGGAACUUGCCAUUAGUCUCGAACUUGAAAGCAUCAAAAUUUUUAGUGAUUCCCAAUUGGUGAGGUAUGAAAUUGUGAAGAUUGCCCGGGCUGACAACUGCAAGGCAAAUGCCUUAUCGAGAGUGGUGUUCAUGGGAGUAGAUGGACUUGACAGGACAGUACAUGUCAGAUUUGUGACCAAGCCUAGCAUCAAUCUAACCGUUGGGGUCAUGGACAUUGAUCAUGAGCCAUCAUGGAUGGCCCAAUUAAGCCUCACACUUCCGUACGUUAGGUGCCUUAAGCCUUCGGAAUCCUCUCAAGUCCUAGAGGAAGUUCAUGAAGGAGUAUGCGGGAACCUUCAAGGAGCUCGGGCAUUAGCGUUUAAACUCAUAAGCAUCAGUUACUUGGCCCCAUUUGAGCAAUGGGAGAUCGACAUCCUCGGUCCGUUUUCGAUAACUAGGGGACAAUUGAAGUUUGUAGUUGUAGCAGCUGAGUACUUCACCAAGUGGGUUGAAGCCCAGCCCUUGGCAACGAUCUCAGAACCAAAGAUAAAAACUUUCGUUUGGAGAUCCAUCAUAUGCAGGUUCGGGAUAUCGAAGGUCCUCAUAACUAAUAAUGGCCAGCAGUUCAACAAUGCACAAUUCAAGGAUUUCUGCUCCAGCCUAGGGAUUGACCACCGUCUGACAUCAGUUUCUCAUCCCCAAAGUAAUGGUCUAGCCGAGGUCACCAAUCGGAUUAUAUUGCAAGACCUCCGAACAAGGAUUGGAGAUGCAAGAGGUGCCUGGUCCGACGAGUUGCCCUCCAUACUUUGGACUUACAGAACAUCCCACAGGACUGCCACUGGGGAGACCCCCUUCAUGUUAGCUUUCAGAAUCGAAGCUACCAUUCCCAUUGAAAUAAGGUUACCCAGUAAAAGAAGACUUGAUCUCGAAGAAGUAGUGCACACCACUAAACAUCUCAACCUCUUAGAGAAAGUUCGCGAUCAGGCAGCCUUAAGAAUGGCCUCUUACCAAGAUAGAACAUCAAAGUAUUUCAAUAGAAAGGUAAGGCCACGAAGAUUCAGAGCUGGAGAUUUGGUGUUAAGAAGGGCCGAAGCCACUGGUCAUGCUCCGGGAAAAUUCGGUCCAGUUUGGGUUUGA